CCUCUUUUCUUCACUUCUAAAAUACACCUUCCCCAAAAGCUGUUUCUUCUUUCUUUUUCUUUUUCUUUUUACAUUUUUUGAUGCAUUCACCGAUCUGUAUGUAUCCCAAGCGCUGCUGUGCUCCAAUUCUCGCUUUCUCCCUCUAGAUCUCCUGCAUUUCGCUACUCCUAGGAGUUGUUCCAUAUUAUAUCUACCAAAUCUGCUGUCAACAUUAUCAUGCAUCGAGAUUCGGAUGUCUAUGAAAAUGAAAAUGGGGAUCCAGGUAGUUUGAAUGAAAUCCUCAAUGGUGAUGUCUCUGAAAGAAGAGAAAACUCUAAAGGUACAUAUGAAGGACUAUCAGCUGCAGCAAUUCAUCAUGAAGGGAGUAAGUUCUCUGAUAUCUUUCCAUUGAAGAAUGGAUCUUUUGCUGACCUUCCAGCUGCUAGGAUUUCAGAAAUGAUGAAGCUGAACAGUCUAGAGAAUGCCUCCACACCAUCACUUUUUAGUGUUGUGAAUGCAAUCCUGGACGAAAGCAUUGAGAGAAAGAAUGGUGACAUACCUCAGUGUGUAGCUUCUUUGUUAAAAUUGGUAGUACAAGAGAUUGAGCAGCGAGUUUCAAAACAUGCUGAAAGUUUUAGAAAGCAAAGCAAUUUGUACAAGUCUCGCGAAGAGAAGUAUCAGUCUAAAAUUAGAGCACUUGAAACUCUUACAACCGGAACAACUGAAGAAAAUGAGAUUGUGAUCAACCAGCUUCAGAAGAUAAAGCUUGAAAAGUUGAAAAUUGAUGAAAAGAGAAAGGUAGAAGAGCAAGAUGUAAUAAGGUUAAUGAGACAAAAGGACCAGUACGAGAUUGGGAUGUCAUUGCUCAAGCAAGAGCUGGAAUUGUCCAAGAAGUCCUAUGAAAAGAGUUGUGCAGAACUGGUAACACAAGCUAUGGAGACUAAAGCUGAGUUGGAAAAGAAACUAAAGCAUACUGAGUCCCUUCUGAAUGACUCAAGGAAGAAGGUCAAAGAACUCGAAGCUUUUUCAGAAUCAAAAUACUUGAGAUGGAGAAGAAAAGAACAUGGCUUCAAGGACUUCAUAGAUUCUCAUGCUGGAGCUCUGCAGGAAUUGAGAGCAGUUUCUGAGUCCAUAAAGAAAGAGGUAUUGAAGACCCAAAAAACAUAUCGGGAAGAAAUCAAUCACUUUGGUUGGGAGCUGAAAGGAUUGGUAGAUGCAGCUCAGAAUUACCAUGUAGUCCUUGCAGAAAAUAGGAAGUUGUAUAAUGAGGUUCAAGAUUUGAAAGGUAAUAUUAGAGUCUACUGUCGAAUAAGGCCAUUCCUUCCAGGACAAAGUCAAAAACAAACAACCAUAGAAUAUAUUGGUGAGAAUGGAGAAUUGGUUGUUACGAAUCCUUUAAAACCAGGAAAAGACGGUCAUCGCCUGUUCAAGUUCAAUAAGGUCUUUGCUCCUGCGGCUACUCAAGAGGAGGUGUUUCUUGAUACCCAACCACUAAUCAGAUCCGUUCUUGAUGGCUACAACGUAUGCAUCUUUGCUUAUGGUCAAACUGGCUCAGGGAAGACCUAUACUAUGAGCGGGCCUGGUGUAUCAGCUGUUGAAGAUUGGGGGGUCAACUAUCGGGCUCUGAAUGAUUUGUUCCAGAUUUCUCAAAUUAGGAAGAGUUCCAUAACAUAUGAAAUAGGCGUGCAAAUGGUUGAGAUAUAUAAUGAACAAGUUCGUGACUUGCUGUGCAAUGAAAGUACUCAGAAGAGACUGGGGAUUUGGAAUACCGCACAACCAAAUGGCUUAGCUGUUCCUGAUGCUAGUAUGCACACUGUUCAAUCAACUUCAGAUGUCUUGGAAUUAAUGAACAUUGGGUUAAUGAAUAGGGCUGUUGGUGCUACUGCCCUUAAUGAAAGAAGCAGCCGAUCUCACAGUGUGCUCACUGUGCAUGUCCGUGGGACAGACUUGGAGACCAAUGUUGUCUUGCGUGGUUGUCUGCAUCUCAUUGAUCUUGCUGGGAGUGAAAGAGUAGAUCGCUCUGAAGCAACAGGGGAUCGACUGCGGGAGGCGCAACAUAUAAACAAGUCUUUAUCUGCUCUUGGAGAUGUGAUCUUUGCUCUGGCACAGAAGAAUUCUCAUGUGCCUUAUAGGAAUAGCAAAUUAACUCAAGUUCUUCAAGGUUCUUUAGGUGGCCAAGCAAAGACUAUCAUGUUUGUACAACUUAAUCCUGAUGUAGAAUCUUAUUCUGAGACUGUAAGCACACUGAAGUUUGCUGAAAGGGUCUCUGGUGUUGAGCUGGGUGCUGCACGAAGUAAUAGAGAGGGUAGGGGUGUCAGAGAACUAAUGGAACAGGUGGCUUUCCUGAAGGACUCACUGGCAAAGAAGGAUGAGGAAAUUGGACGUCUACGGCUUAAAGUUAAUGCAACUGGUGAGAGACUCGGAAUGAGUUCUCAAAGAUAUGGGUCAGCCUCUCCUAGAAGACAUUCUGCAGGAACUUCACAACAAAGUCGUAGACUAUCAGCAGCAAAGAGCUUUGGUGUGAAAGCUACUUCUGAUUUAGACAAUAGCUCCGAGUACAGUGAUAAGCAUUCUGAAGCUGGUUCGCAGCAGUCUUUGGAUGACUUAAAGCAUCAUAAAGAUUUUUUUCAGCAAUCUAGGCUUGCUGUAGCACAUGUAGGGCAAAAUUUUGGAGAGGACUUGGAAUCAAAGCAUGUGGUAACAGAGGGAAAUCAAAACCUUUUCGAUGAUGUGGAGCUUUUGGGCUUUGGAGAGGCAGAUUCUGAAGAGAGAUUAAGUGAUAUAUCUGAUGGUGUUCUCUCGAUGGGGACAGAAACUGAUGGUUCCAUCAAUAGUAUUGUAGAGUAUACACUUUUCCCUGAAACUGCAAAACCACCAGCAGAGGGCACAGAAAAGCCCGAUGUGCCAUCUAAACUUCCAAGACCGCAGCAGAAGCAUUCGCGUACAGCAUCUUCUCAAUUGUCUUCCACAAAGAGCUCGUCAAAAGUUGCAGGUUCUAGAAAGGCCACAACUGGCAGCUCCUCCAAGGUAAAGCCUUCUAAAAGGUGGCAGUGACUAGCGAGUAGGCUUCAAGAGAAAAAAGAAUUGCAAUCCUUCUUUUUUGUAUAAUAGACUGGCAAUUGCAGAAAUGAAGGCCAUUUGUGCCCUUUAAUUAUGACGUCACAAAUCAGAAGAGAUGUAGGAUCUUAAGCUUGUAGAGUGAGUACUUUGACAAAGGUUAAAGUGAAAAUCUGUAGAAUGCAUUUCACCAUUUCUUCCAUGUAGUGAGAACACAUGGUGAAUUAAUUCAGACACUUUCUCGAGUGCUCGGUGCUGGUUGUAAUUAAGAAACUUUGUUAUUUCUGCUCUGUAAUUACCUAAAUUCACUUGGAGA